AACUUCAAGAACCUGUACUCAUAUAUAUGAACAAAAUGAAAGGUCCAACCUUUUAUAUAGAUUACUUUUAUCCUCUUCUUUUUCUAGAAAGUUCAAGAAUUUUGAGUUCACAAUCUAGCAUAUAUAUAUAUAUAUAUGAUUUUAUCGCUAUACAAAUAUCACAUAACACUUCAAUAUCGUAUGAGAAAAGAGUCAAAUUCACAGUUACAAUAUUCUUUUUCACAUCUACAAUAUCUUCUUUGAUUGGUUAGGAAUCAAACGUGGGUUUAUAUCUUAUCUUUACAUAACACAAAACUUUUCAGCUGUAAGUUUAGUCACGAGAAGGUGUCUUUUGCAUAUAUAACUAACGAGUUACAAGUUACAAAUAUAUCUAACUAACACACUUAACUCCAAAACCAGAAGUCAAGUGGGUUUUGGGUUUGCGGAGCUACUUGUAUAAAUAGAGCCAAAACCGCAGUCUCUUCUUCCAUCAAACCUUCUUCAUUAGAUAUUUCUUCUCUAAUACUUUAAGCAAACAAAAGAUUUUUUUUAUAGUAAAUAAAUGGAAGAAACAAAGGAGAGAAAGAUCGUUGUAGCAGUGGACGAGAGCGAAGAGAGCAUGGAAGCUCUUUCAUGGAGUCUUGACAAUCUUUUUCCAUAUGGUUCCAAUAAUACUCUUAUCCUCCUCUACGUCAAGCCCCCUCUUCCCGUUUAUUCUUCCAUUGAUGCCGCAGGGUUUAUAGUGACCGGAGAUCCGGUUGCAGCCUUGAAGAAAUACGAAAAUGAGCUAGUGGAGUCAGUCAUGGCUCGAUCUCGAAACGUCUACCAAGAUUUUGAGUCCGAUAUUAAUAUAGAGAGAAAAGUUGGAAGAGGAGAUGCCAAGGAAGUUAUAUGUAACGCAGUUCAGAACCUUAAGGCUGAUAUGUUAGUUAUGGGCACACAUGACUAUGGCUUCUUCAAAAGAGCUUUGCUAGGCAGUGUGAGCGAGUAUUGCGCCAAACGAGUGAAGUGUCCUGUGAUUAUCGUGAAGAAGAAUAUGCCUCAAAAUAAUUGAGCUCAAAAGUGAUAAGUCUUAUGAUUGUGUAUCGUUUGAAAGCAAUUGAUGUAACAGUUGAAUCAAUCUUCUUAUGCAAUAAUGUAUACUAGAUUUUGACCCGCACGCCCGUGCGGGUGUAUUUUAAAAAAAAAUAUGAUGCUAUUUGAUUUUUAUGUCACUA